AUGAACUUCUCUGCGCCGAUGGCCACGCAGCUUUUGCUGAACCAAGUCCAACAAGGCAACCAUGAGAAUUUUGUGGUAUCGCCAUUAUCAUUCAAUAUCAUCUUAAGCAUGGUGGCAGCGGGAUCGACCGGAUCUACGUUGGACCAGAUGCUUAGGUUUCUAGAUUCCAAAAAUAUCGAUGAUGUCAAUUCGAAGUUUUCAGAUAUGAUGAUGGCGGUUGCAUCGAGUGGUAUAUCAUCGAAGAAUAGUAGCGAUGGUUCGCUUUUGUCUCUCGUUAAUGCGAUCUGGGUAGAUAAGCGUUUUCCUUUAAAGUCUUCUUAUCAAGAAAUUGUUAAAGGCAUAUAUCAAGCCGAAACGAAGAACGUGGAUUUCGAAAAAGAGGUAAUGCUCACCCUUGUUUUUACAGUAUCUAUUUAUUAG